AUGCCGUCCUUCUAUGCUCCAGGCCACGGCCUGCCUCCUACCCCUCCUCACGUCAACAGCGGUGGUCGCCUGGAUGAACCUUCGUUCUACUCGAUCAACCACUCCGCGUUCCCACCUCGCUACCAUCAGAGUGGCUGUGAGUUCAUCGAAAAUUACUCCCAGACUCGGUACACCAAACCGAACUCGAUGAACCUACACCCUCAGUCCGCGAACAUGAUGCACCAUACUCGGGAGUCUAUGCACCCCAUGGUUCAGCAGUCCAUGUAUGGACCGAUGGCCACUCUGCCACCGAUCCGUUCCAGUGUUCAACUGCCGCCCAUGGAUAGCGCCAUCCCCCCGCAGUACCGUCGUCAGGAUAUCGCCCCGAUGCAGCAGGAGCAACCCCGCAAGGAGGAAAAGGCAACCGGAGGUGUUGCCGCCCACCUGGAUUACGAGAUGGAUCGCAUGUCCGACUUCGUGGCGGAAAUGACCCAGGGAAUGUAUGCAUUGUACAACACCAAGAUCACCCUUGCAGAUAUUGACAUCAUGCGAAGCAUCGCCCCAGGAUCUUCAGUUCCCCCCCAGUUCCGGAAAUACGUUUACCAAAUUUUGUCCUCGACCCGCCUACCGAGCUCGACCAUCCUUUUGGGCUUGUACUACUUGUCUGCCCGCAUGCGCCAACUCUCCGCCCAGCGCGUGUAUUCGACCAGCACUGGUCAGAUCUACCGCAUGCUUACCGUGUCUCUUUUGCUCGGUAGCAAGUUCUUGGACGACAAUACCUUCCAGAACAAAUCGUGGUCGGAAGUGAGCAACAUCCCCGUGUCCGAGCUUAACAAGAUGGAGUUGGAAUGGUUGUUCGCCUUUGACUGGAAGAUCCACAACCGCAUGUAUGACGAACAGGACGGAUUUUCCACGUGGCGUCGACACUGGGACAGCUGGCGUGCCAAGGCCAAUGCUCGAGCUCACCAAGAGUCUCGCCAGGCUUUGGCUCCUAUUGACACUAAUGUUGUCAGACAACAACAACAACAACACCAGCAGACCGUUACUAAGCCCCUCAUGUCCCCUGAGGGCCCCAUUCCUCCGCAGUACCAGCGCGGCGAGAACUCUUGGCUCAACCCUGCUGCGUCUGAGUACUCGCCUCCUUCGGCCCCUCACAGCGGCCCCAACACUCCAGACUACUACCCAGUCGGUACAUGGACAUACCCGAACCCACCUCCGCCCUACUCGCGGGCCUGGAUUCCUCCCACGUACAUGCCUGCAUCGGCACCUCGCUCGCAGCCUCCGUCGUACCACCACACUCCAGCUUAUGGUCUACCAUUUGCUCAAAGUGUUUGGACUGGUCACGGCUCCUCAUGUGGCUGUAUGUACUGUGCCAAACAUGUCGAGCACUACAUGUGCAACACCGCCUUCCCGGCUCUGCAGCCCAUUAUUGCAGGCUAA